GCUACUUCUGCAUAUUCGUAACAAGUGUAAAAAAAAUCGAAAAAAUCGUGUGAGAGUUAAACUGCAUAUGUUCCGCAGUUUCUUAGAAUAAAAAUUAUUACAAUCAAUAUCACCGUAAAACUUUUAAAGUUAUAUUAUCAAUAUUGUUGCUUAAUAGUUUUGCACUUCAAUCAUCACGUUUCGUGUGUAUUAUAGUGUGAUAUUGAAAUAGUGCAGGCAAAACUAAUUUAAAUAUCUAAUUGCUUUCGUAACACUUAUGCAUACUAAUAAAUUCAGGAUUCGAAUGUAAUCCAAUGCUUCUAUGAACGGAUUAAAUAAGAAUUACAAUCUGCAGGAUUGGAUUUUGAGUUGUGACAGGCGUGGCAUUUCAUUUGGGUUCUUAAUGUUUAGCUGGAACUAAUAACUCCGCAAUUGGUGAAAUUUAAUAUGGAGCACUUCUUAUUUGCAGUAGUAACAGGAAUAUAAUCAUAAAAAAUAAAUGAAUCAAAAUCCGUUAGUUGCUUCACAAUUCAAUGAAAGUCAAUUAUUUUGCUCUCGAGUCAAGUCGAGAGAUUUUAGAAUUGAAGGUACACGUCUGUUACACACUUCACCACGACACGUCAACUAUUCAACAGCUACGGACAAGCCGCGCACCCCAAACACAAUAAUAAUAUUUCACAAUUCACUAUAAAAAGUAACGGCUUAUUGUGUCGUUCGAUUUGUGCGGAAACGCCGGCCGUCCGACCAUUUGUUUUGAUGUGUUCGCGUUCGCUCUUAACUUAACUAGUGGUUUUCGUAUGGGUUAUGCUUAAAGUGUGCGAUUGUGACUGUUUCUAAGACACGGCCAUGGUGCGCUGGCACGUCCGUAGAAAAUAUUAGCAUUGUUUUCUGGCUAAAAGUACCCGACCAGGAGUGGACGCUGUCCGGGCGACAGUGUUGAUUGACAGAUAUUAAAGAAUCAAAGGAUCAUCCACAUGCGCCCAGAUUGGCCAGCGUCUGGAAACUCAGUCGAAAUGUUACACACGCUUAACGCGUUGGCCGCCAAACUGUCACCUACGCAAGCUCAGAAUCCAGUAGACAAUAACGCUAAUAGGAUAGCAGCUCUUACAGCAUUAAAUGGCACCAGUGGAAAAAAUGACUCUGAAAUGCCAUCAGCGUGCACCUCUGAUAACAGCAAUGAUGUUGAACAACCUGAACCAGAUUACAUUAAAAUGUUCGUCGGACAAAUACCCAGAGCGAUGAACGAACAAGAUUUAAUGGAAUUAUUCGGUGAAUUCGGACGUGUGUAUCAGUUAAACUUGUUGAGGGACAAAUUCACCGGAGUCAGUAAAGGUUGGUCACAAUGUAAUUCUCUCGUAGAUUUUACGUUAUUUAAAUUAUUUAGCAUAAACGUAAAAUAAGUUUGGUAUGAUUGGAUCUGAAAAUAAUUAUGGGA